UUUGACAUUGUCACAUCUCUCAUAAAGUUAUCACCACAUUCCACCAAAUAUUCUUUCAUUUUUCUAAAAAUAUGUUGUAAAAUAUAAAUAAAUAACUUUCAAAACUAAACAUGUCUUAAAUACUUUACCUAUAAAAUGUCCUGAGUGGGUCCUUUGGUAGAACAGCAGCAUGGAGCAUCUUGUGAAUGCCGAAGAUAGCUAUGCAGCACGAAGACAACUCUUCAAGAACAUCUGGGACACGGCUAUUAGUAUCGAAGAUAAAGACAUCGAUAUCAUGAACAAGCCCAAAGUCAUAAAAACUCUAAGGUUGGACGAAGUAGAUCGUUGCGCCAUAAAUAAGAAGAAAAAGCAGAAAUUGAAAAACCUGCGGACAGUUUGUAACAAAAUCCUCGACUUUUGCGACAAACAAGAGGCUGACGAUAUCAAAUAUGAAAAGCUGAAAUUUCAACCCCAUACAACUGUACAGCUGCAAACAAUACACAUAAAACCUAAGAAGGUAAAGAAAACUAGAUUCAAAAGCAAAGUAAAAAAUUCAAGAAGUCUUUCCUCACCAACCGAAGACCCCGCUCAGGCGAAGCUCACAUCAUCAGCAAGAAAGGACGCACCUACCGAUAACAAAGUCAAAAAAACCACACUAGGUCAACCUUCUUCAUCAAAAGCAGCCACAAAUGCCAUUGUCAGUGUUCUUGUAUCCCAUUCAAAACAAAGCAAAUUGCGUAAAAGAAAAGGAAAACACACGAAAAGGAGACCCGAAUCGCAAUUGAUUUAGGUAAUUAGUUCGGGCUUAGGUACAUCUACAUACCUUCAAAGUUUUAGAUCAACCAAAUUGAAAUGUAAUAAUAAUAUGAAUUAACAUGAUGAUAGUUUAAACAUUCGCUAUGUAUAAAAGUACUGAAUAUUUCAUUAAAUAGUCAACCCGAGUCAUGUUCGAUAUUCAACACGAUUACUUGGUAAAUAUUUAGGUACAAUACUGUUACAAUGUAAUUUAAUAUAAGUCAAAAAUAUAAUUUUAUGUUUGAUUGUGUUUAA